AAAAGGGCCCGAAUCCCAAGACCCCAAAAGCAUUCUCCCUCUCCCAUCCCACAAGCAAAAGAUUUGUGCGCAGUACACUGUACUGAUCGUCUCUGACCACCCUCCCCUCCCUUCCCCAGUUCCCCCCUUCUCCCAUUGAUCGCUCCUGCUCUGCCUUUCUCCACACAGCAGAGCACAGUCACCACCACCGCCUUGACCGUCUCCAAGCGACUCCUCCUCCAAGACGGCCAAGACCACCACCAAGAAACCGACCCCCUUCCUCGCAAAUGCCGCCCGCUUGCUCCUGGGCGAGAGCGAGACCAAGAGGGGGGAGAUAGAGCCCCGGCGGCGACAUGGGGGAGGUGGAUUUGGAGGACUUGGUGCUCUCCUGGUCGGCCAAGGAGAUCACCGACGACGACCUCUACAGGGGCAAGGUUGUGACCAUUCCCUGCAACUUCAAAUCACUUGAUCACUAUCUCGUAUCAUUUCGUGUGCCUCUGAUUGAAGAAACAAGGUCAGAUCUAUGCUCACGCCUUCAACUCAUCAGUGAAGCACCCUCGUCAAAAAUACGUUCCAUGGAGGUAGCAGGGAAAUCGGGAUUAUACUUUAUGGAUGUGGACUUUUGGGAUAAUGAUGCUGGUUUUUCUACUGGGAAUUAUACUAUGAAGAAUGGUGACAUAAUUAUUUUGUCUAGCAUAAAACCUGAAUCUGCAGAGGACUUAAGCCACCAUGGUGUGACAUACUGCUUGGCAAUGGUUACUGAGGUUUCUAUGGAUGAUGAAUACCAGAAGAGCUUCAGAGUCAAAGUUGCAAAUAAUAUUGGUUUGGAAGAAGACCUAAACAAACUCAAGCAUGCAAUAUUUCUCAACAAUAUCACGACAAGCAUGCGGAUAUGGAAAGCACUUAUCUUCGAUAGGCACAUGGAUAAUAAUUUUACAGUAAUCAAGUCCCUCUUAGCCCCCACAAAUCUGGGUGAGGAUGUUUGUGGUGUCUGUAUUAAACGGGAUGAGGGAUGUUUGGCUUCUUUCACAGAGCAACUACUUUCGAUUAAGCUUAAUCGAUCACAGGUGGAUGCUAUUGAAUCUGUCAUCUCAGCUGUACAAUGUGGGCAUGUGAACCUCAUGAAGCUUAUAUGGGGUCCACCAGCUACUGGAAAGACCGAGACGGUUAGCGCUUUAUUGUGGGUUUUGGCGUGUUUGAAAUGCAGAACUCUUACUUGUGCUCCCACUAAUGUUGCUGUCGUUGGAGUUUGCACUCGUUUCCUUCAAAAAUUGAAGGAUUUCAAUGAGCACAUUGAUGAAAAUGGUCUACCUUUUUCUCUUGGAGAUAUCUUGCUAUUUGGGAGCAGGUCGAACAUGGACAUCACCGAUGAUCUUCAGGAAGUUUUCUUGGAUUUUCGUGUCGACAAACUUGUUGAAUGCUUUUCAUCGUCGUCAGGAUGGAACUACAGAAUAGCUUCAAUGGUAUCCAUUUUAGAAGACUGCGCUUCACGGUAUGAUAUGCUUCUCGAGGAUGAUGGCAAAAUUGAUCCAGUGUGCUUUCUGGACUUCACAAAGAAGCAAUUUGAUGCGACAGCAAUAGCUCUGAAAAGAUGCAUAAUGAAUUUGUGGGCUCAUCUUCCUGGAAGGUGCUUUUCUCAUGAUAGUGUCAUAAAUAUAUCUAUGUUGCUUAAGAUGCUGGAAAAAUUAGGCGUCCUUCUUAGUGACAUAGAGUUGACCGAUGAGGGCUUGAAAAGGGGCCUUGGUUGUCUGUCAACUGCAAACUCUGUUUGUGCAAAGCCUAUAUCUUCUAUUGAGAAGGAACUGGAUGAAGCAAGGUACACAUGCAUCAAGUUGCUUAAAGAUCUGCUACACUUGCUUAACUUACCCACUGGAGUAGACAAAAACUGGGUCAAGAACUACUGCAUAUGUAAUGCAACACUUCUUUUCUGUACCACCUCUAGCUCUUAUCAGUUACAUCACAUGGAUAUUGCACCCCUCGAUGUAUUAAUUGUUGAUGAGGCUGCUCAAGUGCGGGAGUGUGAAUUGGUGAUCUCACUACGGCUACAUUGGCUAAAAUAUGUUUUUUUGGUCGGGGAUGACUGUCAGCUGAGUGCGAUGGUUAAAAGCAAAGUAUGUAAAGAAGCUGGAUUUGGAACAAGUCUUUUUAAGAGAUUGGUUAAGCUAAAAUUUGAAAAACAUUUGCUGAAUAUACAGUAUCGCAUGAAUCCUUGUAUCAGCUUAUUUCCAAAUGCUCAAUUUUAUGAGAGGAAGAUGUUAGAUGGUUCCAAUGUCCUGUCUUCUAGCUAUAAUAAGGAUUUCACAUGCCUCCCUUUUGGCAGCUACACGUUAAUAAAUGUCACUGAUGGAAGGGAAGACAAAGAGGGCACAGGAAACAGUCGGAGAAACAUGGUUGAAGUUGCUAUUGUUUUGCACCUAAUCCAUACCAUCUUUAAAUCUUGGAAAAAGACAGGCCAAGGUUUCAGCAUCGGAGUGGUCUCUCCAUAUAAUGCUCAAGUUGAUGCAAUUAAAACUAGACUUGGCAAAAAAUACGAUAAAUGUGAUGGCUUUCAUGUGCGGGUGAAGUCAAUUGAGGGUUUCCAAGGAGAAGAGGAUGAUAUAAUAAUACUAUCAACUGUUAGAUCCAAUGGGACAGGAGUUCUUGGAUUUCUUGCUGAUAACCAAAGAACAAAUGUUGCUCUUACUAGAGCAAGGCACUGUCUUUGGAUUGUUGGGAAUGCUCAUACACUGUAUAAAAGUGGGACCGAAUGGACAGACCUUGUUGCUGAUGCAGAAAGACGUAAAUGUGUUUUCAGUGCCACUAAUGACGCAACCAUCUGUAGGUUGGUUUUGCAAGUAAAGCAAGAGCUUGAUGAACUUGAUGAUCUUCUUAAUGCUGAUUCGGUGGUUUUCAGCAAUACCAGAUGGAAGGUCAUUCUUAGCGACGAGUUUAGGAAGUCCUUCACCAAACUCAAAUCACCACAGCUCAGGAGGGAAAUACUCCAAAAGCUUAUCAAACUUGGAGCUGGUUGGAGGACAACAGUUAAGAACCUUGAUAUACCAGGUGUUUCUCAUCUUGCAAAAGUAUACAAGCAAAAUGUUGCAAGAACUGUUCAACGUCUCGAGAAUUUGUUUUCCAUGUACACGGAUGAUUACCUGGAUCACUGCAGGAGAGUGCAGACACAGGGGAAACUGGAAGUUCCUAUGGUUUGGGAUGUUGGACAUGCUAUUAUUCGCUAUAACAUGGAUUGCAAAGUUGAUGCUCAUGAAGAGCACGGUCUCGUUGAUACAUCAUAUGCCGUGGAAAAUUCAAAAGUAAGCGAAAGCUUCUUGCUGAUGAAAUUCUACUCUUUAUCAUCUGGAAUGGCAAAGCAUUUGCUGACAGCUACUGAUGGGUCUGAAAUCAACAUCCCCUUUGAACUGAGUGAUGAAGAGCAGGUGAUUAUCCAAUUCCCGCUCACUAGUUUUAUACUUGGGAGGUCGGGCACCGGAAAAACCACUGUAUUGACAAUGAAAAUGAUUCAAAAAGAGCAACUGUCAUUGAUCGCAUCCCAAGGUCUAAAUUUGGACGGAGCUGAUUUGUCUGCGGCAGAUGACAAUAAACUUAUGCCACUAAAGAAUGUAGGAGAAUGUUCUGUGAAACAAAUAUUUAUCACUGUGAGCCCAAAGUUAUGUUCAGCCAUAAAAGAUUACAUCUACAGACUUAAAAGAUUUGGCACUGGUGAUGUCUCUGAUCAGCCAAGCAUUCUUCGCAUGCAUGACGUCAUGGAUGACCUGGAAGAGUUUACAGAAAUUCCUGACAAUUUUUGUGAUCUACCUCAUGAGCACUAUCCUCUUACUAUUACAUACCGUAAGUUUCUGAUGAUGCUUGAUGGAACAUGCCGGACAUCAUUUUUUGAUGUAUUUUAUGGUGAAAUGAAGUCUAGCUUUGAGAGAGGCCAUUCAAGAUCUCGUGCAGUGCAAACUUUUAUUGAAUUGAAUGAAGUUACCUACGAAAAAUUUGCUACUUUCUACUGGUCUCGUUUUAAUAAAGACCUGACGAAGAAAUUUGAUGCGUCCACUGUUUUCACUGAAAUAGUCUCUCACAUUAAGGGCACAUAUCAAGCAUGUGGGCCUUAUACUGGAAAACUGGGAAGACAAGAUUAUGUGAUGCUCUCAGAUAAAAGAAUUUCAUCUUUGAACAAAGAGAAAAGAAAUAAAAUUUAUGAUAUAUUCCUUGAAUAUGAAAGUAUGAAAUGCUCUGCCAGGGAGUUUGAUUUGUCCGAUUUUGUCAGUAGUCUUCAUGCUAGUCUUGCAUCUGAUGGCUACAAUGGAGAUUUGGUGGAUUUUGUUUACAUAGAUGAGGUACAGGAUCUGACCAUGACACAAAUAGCACUUCUUAAGUAUGUCUGCAGGAACAUCAAGGAAGGCUUCCUUUUUGCUGGUGACACUGCACAGACUAUAGCAAGGGGUAUCGAUUUCAGGUUUGAAGAUAUCCGUUCACUUUUUUAUACUGCAUUCCUCACAGAAACUGAGGCGUCUAAACUAGGACUUAAACAUGGGGAGAAAUCCCAUCUCUCUGAUAUGUUCCAAUUGUCUCAAAAUUUCCGCACACAUUGUGGCAUCCUCCGUAUGGCACAGAGUAUCAUGAGGCUUCUGUGCUCCUUUUUCCCAUCAAGUAUUGACAAGCUUAAUCCAGAGACUGGACUGGUAUACGGAGAAGCUCCUGUGCUGCUGGAGUCUGAUAACGAUGAAAACGCUAUUAUGAGAAUUUUUGGAGAAAACAAAAGUCAACAUGGUAAUCUGCAUGGGUUUGGCGCUGAUCAAGUCAUAUUAGUUCGUGAUGAUGCCACCAAAAAACAAAUUAUUGAUGUUGUUGGUAAACAAGCUCUUGUUCUGACUAUUGUUGAAUGUAAGGGCCUUGAGUUUCAGGAUGUGCUGUUGUACAACUUUUUUGGUUCGUCACCUUUAAGAAAUAAAUGGAGGGUUCUGUAUGGCUACAUGAAACAUAAAGCUAUUAUAGCACACUCCGAGGAGACCUCUCACCCAGGUUUUGACAGAAGCAAGCAUUAUCUACUCUGUUCAGAGCUGAAGCAACUCUAUGUUGCAAUCACACGCACUAGGCAAAGAUUGUGGAUAUGCGAAAAUACAGAUGAUUACUGCCGACCAAUGUUUGACUACUGGAAGAAAUUGUGUCUUGUAGAAGUUAGAUUACUUGAUUCUUCCCUCAUUCAGGCCAUGCAAACAGGGAGCAGCAUUGAUGAUUGGAGGCUACGGGGAACCAAGUUAUUCAAUGAGGGGCAAUUCGAGAUGGCUACUAUGUGUUUCGAAAAGGCUGGUGAUGCACACAGAGAGAAGUGGGCAAGAGCUGCUGGACUUGUGGUGACUGCUGACCAUGCCAUCUCCACAAAUUUGGAGUUAGGCAAGGCUUCAUUGCAAACAGCAUCAGAGAUUUACGAGUCCAUAGGAAUGCAUGAGAAAGCUGCUACGUGUUAUAUCAAAUUAGGUGACUACAAAAGAGCAGGUACGCUCUACAUGGAAAACUGUGGUACUUCUACUUCUAGACUUGAGGAUGCUGGUGAUUGCUUUGCUAGGGCUGAAUGCUGGUCGGAGGCAGCUGAAGUGUUUUUCAAAGCUAAAUGUUACACCAAGUGUUUCUCCAUGUGCUCAAAAGGAAAACAAUUAUUCAAUCGGGGCUUGCAGUUUCUGCAACAGUUGGAGGAGGAACAUAUGCUUGAGGAUUCAAAAUCCUUGGAGGUUUCUGCAAUUAGAUCAGAGUAUCUAGAAAAUUGUGCUCAACAUUAUUUUGAGUGUGGUGACAUAAAGCGUAUGAUGCCUUUUGUUAAGGCUUUCAGUUCUGUGGAUAAUGUACAGGCAUUCUUGAAGUCUAGGAAUCUUCUUGAGGAACUGUUUAGUAUAGAGAUGAAAAACGGUAAUUUCGUUGAAGCUGCAGGGAUAGCAAAGCAUAAAGGAGAUGUCUUACUGGAGGUGAAAAUGCUCGAGAAGGCAGAUUUGUUUGAGGAUGCAACGCGGCUUCUCCUCCUCCACAUCAUUGUAAAUUCUUUGUGGUUUUUAAAUAAUAAAGGGUGGCCUCCCAAAAGAAAUCUAGAGAAGGAACAGUUGCUUGCAGAAGCCAAAGAGAUGGCGAAGAAGGUAUCUGAUUGCUUCUACGGCUUCGUUUGCCUGGAAGCUGAUGCACUGUCAGAUGUGAUUAAGUCUCUUCCCGAUUUAACUUGCACUUUGCUUGAGGGCAGAAAAUGUGGGAACUUGUUUGUUGAAUUUAUUGCUUCCCGUUCAAUUAUUGAUGUUCAUCUUCAGUCUCGAACCUCUGGAUACAAUUUAGAGAUAGGGCCAGGAUCUGAAGAUGAAAAUAGUUGUAAUAAUAUGCUGGCUUCUAAUCAGAUGUCACCCCAGACUCUGUUUAAUGCCUGGAAUCGCUGGAAGUCGAUCAUACUCAAUGCACUAUCUCAUCUUCGCCACACUGAUGGUCCAGAAUUAAAUGACUACACAGUUAUGUAUGAAGAUCUUUUCGCCAAGUACUUUGGAUUGAGAAAAGAUGAUGAAGUUGACAGAUAUGUGGUACUUAACAUGAAUGCAAGCUGGCUUUCUAAUGCUGGCAUAAGUUCUUUGCGGCUAGAUGGCAAUAGAUGUUUACUGGAUGCCCCUCGGUGUCAUUCGUGUGCUCGGUAUUUCUGGAUGAAUGAGAUGUCUUCUGUUGGUUUAAGUGUACUUAAGAAGUUGGAGUCAUUUGUUCAAAUUUCUCCAAAGCCAGAAUCUUUGUAUACCCUGGUGAGAACAAACGUUAUUAUAAGUGAGAUAGAAAAGUUUUUGGAAGAACCACAGUUCAGUAUGCCAAAAAUGAAGUUAAGAAACUUCUUUGUUCUCUGUGAGCGUCGCUUCUUUGAGUUAAUAUUUCUUGCGUGGAGAGAUGGGACAACAAGGAGCCUCUUGCCUAUACUUGAGUCACCAGCCGCAUAUGGAUUGAUUGCUGAUUCUCUUAGUGCACACCUUCGGCGAACAGAUAAAAAUUUGACUCAUGGGCAUCUUGGGAGAACAACCAUGCUUCUGCUUCAUACAGCACAACUGGAUGAUGCGCUACUUUCUGUUAGAAUUAUUGUAUAGGGAUAGAAGAGGUGUUUAACUUGUAUUCGAUUCUAUCUCUUCUUCUCUCCUUAUCUCCUGUAACGACCUUCUCCUGGUCGAUCUCUCUCUAACCGAUCUCCCUCUCUCUCGAUCGGUUCCCUCUGUAAACUUAUGUGCCAAGGCAUUGCCUCAAUAUAUACACGCGGCCCGAGACA